UUUCACGGCACCAGAGGGGCACGCUUUCUGAGCUUUCUCUGGCAAGAAUGUUAGUUCCUGCUCUCUCCUGGCCGUUUCCUGUAAUCGUACAGUGUUGUGAGACUCAGAAAGCCAUGUGUGUCGACGCAAAGCUGAUUAUCUAAAAAUUGAGAAGAACUGGACAACAACUAUUUAGUUUCCAUCUCGGAGUCUUUUUAACAUUGUGCCCAUCUCCCUGUGUGGAGUGGGCAAGAUGGCAGAUCCCAUUAUGGACCUCUUUGAGGACACACCCCUGUUUAACUUGGAUGCCCUACAGGACGACUCCUUUUCUCAGGGCUCCUCGGACCCGGUUGAGGAAGCGUUCAAGCUCGCUCUGGGCCAGGUGGAUCCAACACCAGAGUCUGAGCCUGCUCCUGAGCUCGCAUCUAACACGAGCCUCUGUGUUCCUGUAGAAGCUCCAGCCGUUCCGGAUCCAGCCCCUGUUCAAGUCCCCACACAGCAGCCAGUGCAAGUGGCAACUCCUCAGACCAUUUCCAUAGCUGUAGCGCCUCCUAUGACCCCUGCUCCUGGCCCUGCCCCUACUCCUACUGAUACUGUGAAUCAGAUACAGGCCCAGACCACCAUACCAAUUGCCAGCAAUGCCAGUGGGGCCACCAGUAGCACUGUCCUGUUGAGCUCGCCUCUGACUGUUUCUAGCUCUCCAUCUACAACCACCGCCACCACCCAGCAGCUCACACAGAUAACCCACCAGCUUACUCCCCAGCAGUUAGCUGCCAUUACGCAACAGGCUGGUGGCAAAAUUGUCAUUCUCAAAGGUCCCCAGGGUCAAGCACAGGUGCUACAGACUGUAUCAGGAGCCACGGGUCAGACUGGUGGAAAGGUCAUCCGUGUAGUGUCUGGCACACCACUCAAACCCGGCAUGUCCAUCCUGCAGGGCGGAACAGUCUUGAAUCAGGUAGGCCCAGGACAAACACAAGUGAAGGUGGGUGGUGCAGGAGUGCAGAGGCUGCUGCAGUCUCCUAAUGGACCAGUGAAACAGGUGUUGCUCACGUCCAUGCCCCAGCAGGUGCAGCAGACACAAGGCCAGCCAGUUCAAGUGCAGAUUCCAGCAACAGCACAGAUAACUCAAGGCCAAGUCCAACCCCAGGCUGCCCAGAUUCAGGUCCAGGCACAGGGCCAAGUGCAGCUCCAAAACCAAGCUGCUCAGAUCCAAGUCCAACCCCAGGCCCAGGCAGCUCAGAUCCAGGUCCAGGCACAGGGCCAAGUGCAGCUCCAGCCAGCUAUGCAGGCCCAGACGCAGGGUGGAGAAGCGAAACGCAUCACCUUGGUUCUUCAGCAGCCCUCCCAGGCUGGCUCUGCAACUCAAGCAGGUCAAGCUGUUGCAGCCCAACAGCAGGUCACCCAAGUCCAGCAAGUUCAGACGGCACAAGGAGGCCAACCUCAGCAGACCCAGGCCCCAACUAAACUGGUUCUGGGUCAGCUCCCCGGGGGAAAACUGGUGCUCCAGGGGAGCCAGCUAGCAGCCCUGACCCAGGCACGAGCUGCAGGCCAGGCUGGAGGGCAGCCCAAAGUUCUCACAAUUCAGCUACAGGUGCAACAACAGCCCAAUCAGCAAGGUGGUGUUAAGUACCAGCUGGUUUCAGGAGCUGGGAAUACCGGCGGCCCUCAGGUGUUGCAAAUAUCCCAAGGCCAAGGAGGGCAGCGAGUGGCAGUACCACUCAAAAUGCUUCUGCAGCCACAGACAAGUGCAGCCUCAUCCACUGGUGGCACCGUCUCUGUUGUGAAGGUCAUCAACACUUCAGCAGCAGGACCGUCUUCUACAACUACCACUCCAUCCCAGGCCAUCCGCAUUACCAAGGCGCCUGGAGAGCCUGCCUCUGUGCGGCGAGUGGAGAUUCUCUGCAAGCAAGAGAAAGCUAACCGUAUAGUGGCUGAGGCUAUAGCUCGGGCCAAAGCUCGUGGUGAGAAGAACCUACCCAGAGUCCUUAACCAGGAUGAGCUUCCAGCUACGCAGUCUUCCCCAGAAAUGGGGGGUACCGUGACGGUGGUGUCAAGUGCUAAGAAGAAAACCAGCAGUGGAGGAAGUAAGAAGAAAAGCCCUGUAUCUGGAGGAACGGCACCCAAAACCGCAGGAGGGCCUGACAAAAAGGGAAAAGUCAAGGCACCAGGGGGAACAACUAUAGUGGCGGGAGGCACAGUAAUACCCAGUGCUGCGAACAAGAGCAAAAGCAAAGCUAAGGCAAAUACUAUUACUCUAGUUGGAGCAAAGAAAAGAAAGAGAAAUGCGUCCUCAGACCACUCUGACGGGGAGUUGAGUCCUGCGUCACCUGCUGCGCUGGAAGAUGACAUGAUUACGAAGAGACGCUCCAAUCGUGUGGUGAAGAGAAAGAAGUACACCGAGGAUCUAGAUAUCAAGAUAACGGAUGAUGAGGACGAGCAGGAAGAUGUAGAUGUUACUACAACCGCGGCAGCUGUGGCUUCCAUCAGCAGUGGGGCACCAGUGCAGCUCAAACAGGAAGUGGAGCUGGAUGGUGAUGGAUUGCCCAGUAUGCAGUUCUUUGUGGAAAACCCAAGUGAAGAAGAUGCUGCCAUUGUAGACAAAAUUCUCUCCCUGAGAUUAACCAAGAAGGAAGUGUCUCCAGGCCAGUAUACAAAUAUUGAAGAAUUCUUUGUGAAAUACAAAAACUAUUCAUACUUGCACUGCGAGUGGGCCACUUUGGAGCAGCUGGAGAAAGACAAGAGGAUCCAUCAAAAGAUUAAGAGGUUCAAGACCAAGCAAGCUCAGAUGAGGCAUUUGUUCCAGGAGGACGAGGAGCCUUUUAAUCCAGACUACGUGGAGGUGGACAGGAUCCUGGAUGUGUCCCACAGUGUGGACAAGGACAACGGCGAGCCUGUUAUCUACUACUUGGUGAAGUGGUGCUCUCUGCCAUAUGAAGAUGCUACUUGGGAGCUGAAGGAGGAUGUGGACGAAGGCAAGGUUGAAGAAUUCAGCAAGAUCCAAAACAGACAACCUCGCCUUAAGAGAGCGGCACGGCCUCCUGCCAGUUCUUGGAAAAAGCUGGAGGAGACCAGAGAGUACAAGAAUGGUAACACACUCAGAGAGUAUCAGCUGGAAGGAGUCAACUGGCUGCUCUUCAACUGGUACAACAGGCAGAACUGUAUCCUGGCAGAUGAGAUGGGUCUGGGGAAGACCAUCCAGUCUAUUGCACUCCUAUCUGAGGUUUAUGCUGCUGGUGUCCAGGGCCCAUUUCUGGUCAUUGCUCCCCUCUCCACCAUCACCAACUGGGAGCGGGAGUUCUCUACGUGGACCAACAUGAAUGCCAUCGUCUAUCACGGCAGCCUGGCCAGCCGACAGAUGAUACAGCAGUAUGAGAUGUACUGCAAAGAUGAUAAGGAGCAUUUAAUCCCGGGUGCGUACAAGUUCGAUGCUCUCAUCACAACCUUUGAGAUGGUGCUAUCUGACUGCCCAGAGUUGAGGGAGAUCGCCUGGCGUUGCGUCAUCAUUGACGAGGCUCACCGUCUCAAAAAUCGUAAUUGCAAGCUUUUGGAUAGUUUAAAGAUGCUGGACCUGGAACACAAAGUGUUGUUGACUGGCACUCCCCUCCAAAACACUGUGGAGGAGCUCUUUAGUCUGCUUCAUUUCCUGGAGCCUGCCCAGUUCCCCUCUGAAACUGAAUUUCUCAGAGACUUUGGAGACUUGAAAACAGAGGAACAGGUUCAGAAGCUACAAGCAAUCUUGAAACCCAUGAUGCUUCGAAGGCUCAAGGAGGAUGUUGAGAAGAACUUGGCACCCAAACAGGAGACCAUCAUUGAGGUUGAACUGACAGAUAUCCAGAAGAAGUACUACCGGGCCAUUCUGGAGAGAAACUUCAGUUUCCUCAGUUUAGGAGCAAGCAGUAACAGCAAUGUCCCCAACCUGCUCAACACUAUGAUGGAGCUCCGCAAGUGCUGCAACCACCCCUACCUCAUCAAUGGUGCGGAGGAGAAGAUCGUAGCGGAGUUGCGGGAGGUGUACGACCCCCUGGCCCCUGACUUCCAUUUGCAGGCUCUGAUUCGGUCGGCCGGAAAGCUGGUGCUACUGGACAAGCUGCUGCCUCGCCUCAAGGCUGGUGGCCACAAAGUGCUCAUCUUCUCCCAGAUGGUGCGCUGCUUAGACAUUCUGGAGGACUACCUCAUCAACAAGAGAUACCUUUAUGAGCGAAUUGAUGGUAGAGUGCGUGGGAACUUGCGACAGGCUGCCAUCGAUCGUUUCAGCAAACCUGACUCAGACCGCUUUGUCUUCCUGCUGUGUACCCGCGCUGGUGGCCUGGGUAUUAACCUAACUGCUGCUGACACUUGUGUUAUAUUUGACUCUGACUGGAACCCUCAAAAUGACCUGCAGGCCCAAGCCCGAUGUCAUCGUAUUGGCCAGUCAAAGGCUGUCAAGGUCUACCGACUCAUCACUAGAAAUUCCUAUGAGCGGGAGAUGCUUGAUAAAGCAAGUCUGAAACUAGGUCUAGACCGUGCAGUCCUGCAAAGCAUGAGUGGCAACAAAGACAGCAACGUCAAUGGGAUCCAACAGUUCUCCAAGAAGGAGAUAGAAGAUCUGCUUAGGAAGGGGGCCUAUGCUGCCAUCAUGGAUGAGAACGACGAGGGUAGUCGAUUCUGUGAGGAAGAUAUUGACCAGAUCCUUCAGCGAAGAGCCACUACCAUCACCAUUGAGAGUGAGGGAAAAGGUUCCACUUUCUCCAAAGCCAGCUUUGUGGCCUCUGAGAACCGUACUGACAUCGCCCUCGAUGACCCUGAGUUCUGGCAGAAGUGGGCCAAGAAAGCAGACAUAGACAUGGACACAAUCAAUAGGAAGAACACUCUUGUGAUCGACACUCCAAGAGUUCGCAAGCAGACCCGUCAGUUCUCCAGUCUACGAGGUGAAGGUGGAGACCUGUCCGAUCUAGACAGUGAUGAAGAGUACCCACCUUCCAAUUCCAGGCACUCACGUGCUUCUCGGCGGUCUGACCGCCACAGCGGAGGUGGUUACGGCCGCACUGACUGUUUCCGGGUGGAGAAACACCUUCUCGUCUAUGGUUGGGGUCGCUGGAGGGACAUCUUAUCCCAUGCCAGGUGUAAGCGGCGUCUGAGCGAGCGUGAUGUGGAGACGAUCUGUCGCGUUAUUCUGGUCUUCUGUCUGCUUCACUAUCGUGGAGAUGAGAACAUCAAGAGUUUCAUCUGGGAGCUCAUCACGCCACCAGAAAAUGGGCGUGAACCACAAACGCUACUCAACCACUCGGGCCUUUCUAUUCCUGUCCCAAGAGGCAGAAAGGGCAAGAGGGUAAAAGCCCAGAGUACAUUUGAUGUUCAGAAGGUGGAGUGGAUCCGCAAGUACAACCCUGAUACCCUGCUGCUUGAUGACAGCUACCGCAAGCACCUCAAACAUCAGUGCAACAAGGUGUUGCUGAGGGUGCGUAUGCUAUACUACCUGAAACAGGAAGUUAUUGGUGAACAUUCUGAUUCUGUCCUGAAAGGAGCUGAUAUCAGGGAUGUUGAUAUCUGGAUGCCUGAGAUGGAGCAGCAAGAGGUGCCUGCAGGAUGGUGGGACUCUGACGCAGACCGCUCACUGCUGGCUGGUGUAUUCAAGCACGGUUAUGAGAUGUACACCACCAUGCGCGCUGAUCCUUGCCUCUGCUUCCUGGAGAGAGUCGGCCGGCCUGACGACAAGGCCAUUGAUGCCGAGCAGCACACUGGUGAUGCUGAACUGGGAGACGAGGGUGACUACGAUAAGUACUCGGAAGACCCAGAGUUUAAGCCUGCAUCAAGACACACCAAAGAUCUUUUUGAGGAGCCCGAGUCCAUGAAUGUGGACGAGGAGAUUUCUGUGGAAGAUAAGGCACCUCCACCAGUGAUCAUAGAAAAUUCAGCUAGCCAUAGCGGUGUCUGUGAAUGGCCCUCAAGCUCAUCGCUCACAGCACGGCUGCGGCGGUUGAUCACAGCUUACCAGCGCAGCUACAGACAAGAGCAGCUGAAGAUUGAAGCUGAAGCGAAGGGUGACCGCAGGCGCAGGCGGUGCGAACAGGCCAGCAAGCUGAAGGAAAUUGCACGGCAGGAGCGACAGCAAAGGUGGACACGUAGGGAAGAAUGUGAUUUCUACCGCGUGGUGUCAACUUUCGGUGUGGAGAAAAUUAAAAAGGAGCCCGGUCUUCCUGAAGGAGGAGAGCCAGAAUUUGACUGGACCCGUUUCCGUACUUUUGCCCGUCUAGAUAAAAAAACCGAUGAGAGCCUCAGUCGAUACUUCCGUUCCUUUGUUGCCAUGUGCCGGAGGGUGUGCCACUUGCGCCCAGGCCGUGAAGAUCCAGCAGAAGUUACCCAGACUGUGGCUCCCAUCACUGAAGAACGCGCUUCCCGUACUCUUUACCGUAUCAGCCUCCUGCGUCGCCUUCGUGAGCGAGUCCUCCCCCACCCCUGCCUGGAGGAACGUCUCGCUCUGGCUCCACCCACCUCCGAGCUCCCUGCUUGGUGGAAUAUUCCAGAGCACGAUCGCCAGCUAAUGCUGGGCGCAUCACUGCACGGCGUCAGCCGCACUGAGCUCUCCAUCUUCGCAGACCCACAGUUCACUUUCAGCCAGGCCCGCGAAGAGUUCAUCCAGAACCAGCAGGCCCCACCUCCUCCACCACCCCCUCCUCCACCUCCACCACCCCAGGCACCACCCAUCAUGACACUCAGCCAGCCCAAGACUGAGGAGCACAUGCUUGGGGUGAAGCAGGAGGGAACCGAUGAGAAUAUUGGGUUGCUUGCAGGUGAAAUUGGCGCUGGAUUGCAGAGUACGCCCUUGAGUCACCAUGACGGCAAAAUGCGAGGUCAGGGCUGGAGCUUCAAGAGGAGCAAGGUGCGGGCAGAGAAAACAGAAGGGGGAAGGAAGGGGGAGGGAGCGUCUGACUCGGAUUCAGACUCUGAUUCGGGCUCGUCGUCCUCAGAUCGAUCAAGUAGCAGCGAUGAUAGUGGAGAGAGUGAGGCGGAGGUAGAAGGAGGAAUGAAGGUGUGUGAUGUGGAUGAAGAUAAUAGUUUACUCUCCAUGACUAUGUCUCAGGAUGGCAUUCCUCCUCCUGAUCCUCUCAGAGUUGACUGGCCCAAGGACCGUGUGUUGAUCAACCGCCUGGACAGUUUGUGCACGCUCGUGCUGACCGGUCAGUGGCCCUCGGGCCGGCGUUACGUGUCUGAAGCUCAGCUCAACCCGAACUCGGAGCUGGUGGGAGAUGAGAUGGCUUACACGCGGGUGAUGCGUAAACCCCCCAUCAUGCCUGCCGUCCCAGGGGCAGAUGGAGAAGAUGGCGAAUUUACUGUAAAACUCCUCAAGGAGGAGGGCCUGAAGCUCACAUUCUCCAAGCAGGCCUUGAUGCCCAAUGGGUCAGGGGGAGAAGCCAGUGGCCGGAAGAAGCGCAAGGAGCAAGAGUUUUCUGACAUGGAUGGACUCCACGAUCCGUUGGAGCGGAUGCCUCGUCGCAGGGACCCGCCCACGUGGCUGAAGGAAAACCCAGAUUACGAAGUGGAGGGAGACAUGCUGGAGCUUCUUGUGAACCGGAGCAAGAGGAAGAGAAGGAGGAGGGCAGAUAAAGCCAUCACAGGCAGUGAAAAGGUCAAACUCAUCAACAUGAGGACAGGAAAGAAGGUUGGAGCUGCUUUCUGUCCAAUGUUGCAAGACCUGAGAGAAUAUCUGGAGGAGAAUCCCGACAACGCUGUAGCACCGGAGUGGUCCGAAACAGUUCGGAAUUCUGGCUUUCUGCCGGAGACCCUGUUCCACCGACUGCUAACAGAGCACUCGGAGAUCCCGAAGAAAAGCCGUCGCCGUCAUCAUCACCACCACCACCACCAUCACCACCACCACCACCACCACACUCCAGAGCCUACCCCCGAAGACCCCAACCUGGACGGAGUUGAAGAGGAGACUCUGGUGUCAGAUGGAGCCUACAUGAUGGAUGAGGAGGACCUGGAGUCCUCUCAUCACUUCCUCACCAGUCCAGACUUUGAUGUUAAAAUGGAAGGAGGAGACAGCCUUUCCCAAGGGGACUAUGACAGCUCGGAUCAGGAAGCGCUAUUGGACGAUGUUAUCAUAGCACAGAAAGACUCUGACUCCUCAUCAAGCUCAGAGGAUUGACUGAACCCUCCUCUCCAAACACAUCUGACUUAGUCCCCUUUUCCAAAACAAAUCAUGUUAUUCCUAAUCAUUUAUUUUUACCAUUAUGUAUCAAAUUAUGGAUUAAUUUGUUUCGGGGUUUAUUUGUUGCUACAUCUUUUCAUUUGUUUUACAUAGGAUUUUUUUCCAUAUGAGGAGCAGAUUUGCACCCAUCAAUUUAUUUUUUGUUUUUUUCCCAACACAAUCGUGUCCAGUCCUUAUUCUCCUCAAUCUUCCUCUCUAACCUCUGAUAAAACGGCAAAAAGCUGAGCUUUCUUACCUGUCAACUGGUCAUUGUCCUCCACUUCCUCCUAAAGCCUAUGAAUUCCCAUCACAUUCCCAACCGUGACCAAAAGGGGACCCCUGCUGUACAGAUACACUUUUCUUAUCUAAGAACCUCAAAGCUGGUCCUCUAGCGCUACAUGAAACUGGACGUGUACUGAACAGAGCCAGAUCCCACAAUCUCCCCUGGAUCUCGUUCUGUCCAGACGAGUCUGUGAACUUUAAAGGGGAUCCAGUUUAUGGAUGUACUGUUAGUGUUUUCACUCUAUGGGAGGGUUAGGGGGAGGGA